GAUUUAGCCUUCGGAACAGUAUGGAGUCCUAUGUUUGGUGUGGAUAACCUCAGGAUUAUUUCGCUGGUUUACGACUCAGAUGGCAUUACCCCGAAGGAUUGGGAAGCCCAGGUCUUGCGCGCUCUUGGCGCGGUAAACAUCCGAGCUCAUUAUGCCAGCCCCACAACGCGAGUAUGGCUAAAGUAUAUGACCAGCUGGCUCAACACCGCCUUCAGGUCGAGACAGUGACUGCCGGAGCUGACCGUGCUAUCACCACUCUGACUGAACAGAUGCAUCAGACUAAUGAGGUUGUGAGCUCUAUGUCUUCUGUCGUUCAAGCUCAAAGCCACACCGUAGCCGCGCUUAACAGAUUGAUGGCUGGAAUGGUACACACUAUCGGCGGACAGAUGCAGGUUUCAGGCCUUUGUGAAGAGAUUACUCUUCUUGUGUUGGAGCGGGAUCACGCAAAGACAGAUGCCGAGAAGGAUGCCAUCACCAACAAAAUUAUGGUUCUUCACCAACGAGUUCAGUCUGCUUCCGAAAUGAAUAGCGUGUUGUUCAAGAGCCUCUCAGAUCUCCAAAUCGGCACCAGCAUGACUAUCGACUGCCUGUCUCCUCAACAGGCGAUUCAGUCAUCAUCCAUCCAAUUUGACGAUGCCGAUAUGGCCCUGGAGUCCCCAGGCACACCCGAUGAUCCUGGCCCAUCAGCUAAACACCAUCGUAAGGUGCCGUAUCUGAUGCAUUCUUUGCUCUUUCAUGCCUCAGUCAUUCGACUAUGUCGAUCCUUCGAUGCCCUCUACCAUCUAAUCUUCUCUGUUCUUGGGCCCCCUUACUCACCCCCUGUUUUUCCUGCUUCUUCAGGGCUGAAUUUCCGCUUGGUAUCCGAUCAUGUUUCCUUUUCCCCUACUGCUCCAUCUCUUCCGCUAGUUAACUUUCCCUCUGUCUUACCCCCUGCCUUGCUUGCUUCUUCAGGGCUGAAUUUCUGCACACUGUCUGAUCACAUUUCGCUUUCCCCCUCUGUUCCUCCAUCUGUUCCUCAUGUUAAUUUUCCCUCUGGUUUACCUUUUCAGUCAGCACAUGCAAGUGGACCUCUCCUGUCUACUGCUCUGACCUGUGUUUCAGUGUUCUGUUCUGCAGCUGUCCCAGUUUCCCUUCCCCAUGUCUCAGUUGUUUCGUUGUCUGUGGCCUAUUUGUGGGUGUACUUCUCUAUACAAACCAUUGUACGGGCUUUGGUUUGCAAACCCCCAUUUCUUGUUGUUACAUUUCCUGUUCUUUCUCUUCUUACCGGGGGCCCAAGUGACUUCAAUGGAUUUCAGUGUUCUCGUGGCUAACGUGAACGGACUGGGAAACGCUUUCAAGCUCCAUCUCAUUAUGUCCCUCAUCA